AUAAGUGUAAUCUAUCAGCAAUUACAUUUUCUUUAAAAAUCCUCUCAAUCAAGUUCAUGGUCACAAUGCACACUGACUGAGACACUUAUGGUAAGUUUACAUUAUGAAUGUAUGAAGUGUAUGCGGUUUCCGCCUACAUAACAUCACAUGACACGUGUGGGGUUUCUCCACCUGUCCAUCUGUAGCCUACCACGUGAUGAAGAACCAGGGACUAAAACGAGCGACGGGGGAUCAAAUAAAGGAAAAAGUAUUUCAACUUUUCAAGCCAGUUCUGUGAUGGCGUCCCUUGGUAACGCUGGUGGCACGUCGAAUCCAAUGGUCAUGCUGGCCCCAAAAACCAAGACGAAAAAGAAACACUUUGUGCAGCAGAAGGUGAAAGUAUUUCGAGCAAGCGACCCAGUUCUCAGCGUCUUCAUGUGGGGAGUAAACCACUCGAUUAAUGAUUUAAAUCUGGUACCGAUUCCUGUCAUGCUGUUACCUGAUGACUUCAAAGCCAACACAAAGAUCAAAGUCAACAAUCAUCUUUUCAACAAAGAAAAUCUCCCAGGACAUUUCAAGUUUAAGGAAUACUGUCCCCAGGUGUUCCGCAACCUCCGAGAGCGUUUUGGAAUUGAGGAUCUGGAUUAUCAGGUCUCUCUUGCGCGUAGCCCACCUGUGCGUGGAGGGGAGGGCCAAGGAGAAGGUCUGCUCCUGACCUCAUAUGACCGCACAUUGGUGGUCAAGCAAAUCUCCAGCGAGGACGUUGCUGACAUGCACAAUGUCCUCUCAGAAUACCACCAGCACAUCGUCAAAUGCCAUGGCAGCACCCUUCUUCCCCAGUUCCUGGGCAUGUACCGCGUGAGCGUGGAAAGUGAGGACUCCUACCUGAUAGUCAUGAGAAACAUGUUCAGCCACAGACUAAUAGUGCACCAGAAGUAUGACUUGAAAGGCUCUCUGGUAUCCCGAGAAGCAAGCGAUAAAGAGAAGGUGAAAGAGUUGCCCACUUACAAAGAUGUCGACUUCAGAAACAACUUGCAGAAGGUCUACGUGACGGAGGAGGAAAAAGAAAAACUCAUGGAGAAACUGAACAGAGAUGUAGAGUUCCUGGUGAGGCUGAAGAUCAUGGACUAUAGUCUGCUCCUAGGCAUCCAUGACGUGGCACGGGCCGAGCGGGACGAGGACGAAGCCGAGGAGCCUGGCUGUGAGGACGAGGCGGACCCUGACAACGGCCUGGCACCCGCACCACUGGUGGGCUCUUACGGGACCUCGCCUGAAGGCAUUGCGGGCUGCAUGAACUCCUUCAAGCCCCUUGGCCCAGGCGAGUUUGACCCCUACGUGGAUGUGUAUGCUGUCAAGAGCGCCUCCGGAGCACCACAGAAGGAGGUGUACUUCAUGGGUUUAAUCGACGUGUUGACGCAGUACGACACCAAGAAGAAAGCUGCCCAUGCAGCGAAAACCGUUAAACAUGGGGCUGGUGCUGAGAUAUCUACUGUUCAUCCAGAGCAGUAUGCCAAGAGAUUCCGUGACUUCAUCGCUAACAUUUUUGCAUAGUGACACUGUUCAACACUGAGAACAAUGUAUGUGGUUGUCUUCAACACAGAUAUUUACUGGAUGUACAUUUACUUCACCAGAAAAAAAGAAAGGUAAUUUCAAAUUUGAUUUAAAGAAUUUGGUCAUUUAUACCCGCUUGUGCAAUAUGCGUGACUCUAUGUCAGUGUCCGUGGUGCAGAAUAAGAAGGUGAUGUAUCAUUAUCACAUUCCCAUGAUGCAUUUGGGCAAAGAGGGAGGAUUUUGUAAUGAAGGCCUGCAGUGACCUACCAUCAGCCUCAUAUCAGAGCUUUAUUAGUGUUCCCAUGUAAAGUGAAUGGGAUGAAGACGUCGAGACCACAGUAGGGUAGGGUAGCAUAAGUAUUCAGUAGGUGCAUUCAUUGCACAGUGAAGGGCUUGUAGUGUAGUCUGAACUGUGUUAUUCUGCGUAGUCUAGAGCAGCACUCGAAUGUAAUGAAACCUAAGCACUGAGCCUUAGGAUUUGUGCAUGAGUGCAUCAGACACUGAGCAUGGGUAAUAUUUUGGAAUUGUCAAAAUACAACUUCUGGAUGCCUUUGGUGGUUUCUGAGAGUGGUUCCAGUCAGUAUUCAACUGCUGCCGAUCCUUUGGAGUUCUCGGACUCUGCCGUGAUGCUAGUAGACAGGAGAACCAUAGACCAUUUUACACAAAUGUGUGAGAUCCUUUUUUUUUUUUUUUUUCCUCAAGUGCUGUCAAGGAUCUAAGGUACAAAAGUAGAUGAAUACAUAGCUUUGAAGAAACAAUCUCUAUCUUAUGGAUCAAUUCUGGCAUACAAUUUGCCUUAUUGCGUUUUAUUUAUUUUGUUACUGUGUUUGGACCAAAUAUUUUUUUUUCAGAACCUUUUUUCUGCAUUAUUUUUAAUCGUCACUUUUUUUUAAUGUAACUCAUUCCUCUGAAACUCAACAGUGCCAGUCACAUGAAAUGCAGACAACUGCCAUGGGAUGCUUUGUGGGGUUCAUUUUGAACUUCCCUCCUGUGGUAGUUGUCCACAGUUAGUGUAUGCCAGGGGCAGGGGAAAAAAACAGAUCUUUGAGAGAUUUCCACCCGAGAGGCUGUUUGUUAUAGGUUUACUGACCGAAUUAGUUAUAUCAGGAGCACUUGUAGCAUUUAAAACGAUAAUAAAUGGUAAUCAAUUCCAGAGCACUUGUGCUGGACAUAUUCCAAGAUAUUUUGCUUCACAAUGAUUAUGACGUUAAAAUAGUAUGCUCAACGUGUGUAGUUCAAUUGAGCCAAACCUGAGAAAAACCAUGUUAGUUUUCUGGUAGCUAUCUAGCUAUCUAGCUAGCUUUUAAAAUUUCUAUCACUUAGCAGUGAUUGCAUCAUUUAGUGUUAUUUAUUAGAACCAAAUUCCUUUCUACAUUACUCUUGCGUGUCAUUCAUCAUGGCAUAUGGGUUUUGUGGCGAUUAAGUUGUUAGUCCCUAUUAAUGAGUUUAUAUUCAUUGAAGUCAUGGAGUCGUGAUGACACACUUUAAAGGGAUGUGAUGGGUUGUCUGUUUGGAGGAAGUGUUUAAAUAUAUUACGAUGUUAAAAUCUUACUAUAAUGUCACUCUCAGAAGAUGUGUGCAACCAGGUAUCCAAAAAAAGAAAUGUAUUUGUAAGUUUUUUUUUUUUUAUUUAUGAGGAAAGAUAUUGAAAAGUAAGCUCACCUGCUUCCCCAUUACACUAAAGUAGCUUUAAGAUGGUGCCUGUGAUUCCUCUCUUUUAGUGAAGCUAAAGCAGUUUACUCACCAGUCAACACAUUGAACCUGUUGAUGAUGUUAAGUCAAUAAAACCUGUUUCAGUA